AUGGACACAGGCCGGCCAUUCCCUAAGAAAUCUGCCAACAUUGGUGACAAUGUGGAUAGGAUCAGCAAGUUGCCUGAUGAAGCUCUUUGUCACAUUCUCUCUUUUCUUACUACAAAACAGGCAGUUUCGACUAGCAUUUUGUCAAAAAGAUGGGAGCAUGUUUGGACAUUGACCCCAAAUCUUGAUUUUUCUGAUCAGUUUUCUUACAAGUUUGCAGAAGAUUACAGUAAUUGCACAACUGUUUUCAGUUCCUUAAAGGAUUAUGUGGACCGGGUACUCUUUUAUCAUGGUGGAUCUAUUGUGCGGAAAUUCCACCUCCAAUGCAUUACUAAAGAUGCUUCCCCUAAUAUUUAUGCAUGGGUCUGUGCUGUGUUAGCUUGUAAUGUCCAAGAACUAAUAGUUGAAACUAGUUUCUGCAACAGUCAGCCACUGCCUUGGAGAGUUUUUACUUGCAAAACUUUGGUGGUUUUGAGAAUUAAUGGGAUGUUUGUCCUAGACUUGCCUACUAAUAUAUGUUUUCCAUGCCUUAAGAUCCUCAGUCUUGCUCAUGUUGUGUAUGUGGAUGAUGUCUCAAUGCAUAAGCUCUUUUCUAGUUGCCCUAUCCUUGAAGAUUUAGCUAUAGUGAGACAAGGAUGGGAUGGUGUGCAAAUCAUGAAUAUUUCUGUUCCAUCAUUGAAAAGAUUGUCUAUAUCUUCGCACUACUUUGCAGGUUGUAAGUACAAGACAGAGAUUAAAACCCCAUUCCUUGAGUAUAUUGAAUUCAAAGAUAGUUCACUGACUAAUUCUUCCAUGAGUGUUUCAUCCUCUCUAGUUGAAGCACGUAUUGAUGGUAGAUGCUCAUCUGAGUUUCUCAAUGGAAUCUCCCAAGUUAAGGUCCUAGUGCUGUCUGGCGAUGCUAUGUCGUCUCUCAAUUAUGUCCGUGAUUCCACAAUGCCCACAUUCCAGAAUCUUACCAAACUGAUGCUAUAUGUUAGUGAGUUCAUUAACUGGGAACCGCUGCCAGACUUUCUUAACAGCUCUCCUAAGCUUGAAGUUCUUGUUUUUCCAGAGGCAAGACUAGUUGUUCCUAAAGAGAAUGGCAGGGGUUUCCGUGGCUUCUAUUGGCAUUCGCCAGAGAUGGAACCUGAGUGUUUGCUCUCGAGUCUGAAGACGAUUGAAAUUAACAAUUUUGUGGGAAUGCCUGGUGAGAUAUAUCUUGCAGAAUAUUUGCUGCAGUAUGCAGAAGUUUUGGAAAUGAUGACAAUCCGAGGUUACAAUUUUUCGGGAAGGCCGAGAAUGCAGAAGAAGCUAGAGGCUCUUAGGAAUGAGAUAAUAGACUUCGCAAGAGAUUCUAGUGACUGA